AAUGUAUUCAGUGAUAAAAAAUGGACUUCGCUUCAGUAAAAAUAUUGGGUACUGCUAAACCAAAGAUAAGGGAAUAAGUUUGUAUACAAAUGCAAUUACAUAUUUGCAAGAACAACCAACAUUAAGCGAUGACGAAAAAACUUGCAAUGAGAAAUAGUGUGCUUCAAAAUUAUAUGCCAAUAAAAUAAACCAAUCCAAUGUAGAAUAUGCACCAGCUUUAGCGUAAACAAAAUAAAGAAUGAAAUAUUUUACAGAAUUUUGCCUGCAUACAAUACAAUGAAACCUAUAAUUUCAAUCGAAAAUAUAAAGCAAUUUUAAUGUAACGCAAAUUGAAAGAAGAACCUGUGUGUAUGGGUGAAAACGUGACAGCAGUCAAACAAGCAAAAGCAGCAAAACAGUAAUUGUUGAAUUUUUAUUGAAUACGAUCUUUGUGUACUAUAAGUUUUAGAAAAUACUUAUGUACAAAAAAGGAAACGAAUCGUUAUGCCAAUACGAAUGACGAAAACAAAAGUAUUCAACCAUUUCACAUACAGCAGUGAAAGUAGUAUGUUAACAAGCGCAGUUGCCGCUAUUGGAGUCAAGUGGAUAUUCCUGUGUUCCUGUUUUACACUAUUCGAUACUAGCCUCAGUUUGUCCAUGACGGAAGUGCGUAUACCAAAGCAUAUAUUGCGGUAUGAGAAUGCUGUUCUUGGCUGCAAAUACGAUUUGGAUGGUGAAUCGCUGUACUCAGUGAAAUGGUACAAAGACGGUUUUGAGUUCUAUCGCUACGUACCACGGGAUAUGCCACCUGGGCAAGUAUUUCCAUUACCGGGAGUUGAUGUUGAGCUACUGAACUCGACAGAUAAUUUAGUGGUAUUAAGGCGCGUGUCGUUGCAGUCAACGGGUCGUUAUAGAUGUGAGGUCUCCGGAGAAGCGCCUUCUUUUCAGACAGUUUCAGGACACGAGGAUAUGAUUGUAGUUGGUACGUUCACUAAACACUUUUUAUUGUUAUUUAGAAAAUAUAUAUAA